UGUCCCGUCCGCAAGGCCCACACAGUCAGACGGCAGGCAGCAGCUGCGACGUGAGGAGCGCAUAACGUUACAGUCUCCAUUUAAAAGAAGAAGAAAAAAGACACUCACACAGCGACACAUUUGUAAGCUAUAGAAACACGUUCCAUAUAACGACAGCAAGCUCAACAUCCAACAUGGUGGACCGCGAGCAACUGGUGCAGAAGGCCAGGCUGGCCGAGCAAGCUGAGCGAUAUGACGAUAUGGCAGCUGCCAUGAAGUCGGUCACAGAACUGAACGAAGCACUUUCCAACGAAGAGAGGAACCUUCUCUCCGUGGCCUACAAGAACGUGGUCGGCGCCAGGCGCUCGUCCUGGCGCGUCAUUUCCAGCAUCGAGCAGAAGACGUCCGCCGACGGUAACGAGAAGAAAAUCGAGAUGGUACGGGCCUACCGGGAAAAAAUCGAGAAGGAGCUGGAGACGGUCUGCCAGGAUGUGCUCAACCUCCUCGACAACUUCCUGAUCAAGAACUGCAACGAGACGCAGCACGAGAGCAAGGUGUUCUACCUGAAGAUGAAGGGCGACUACUACCGCUACCUGGCCGAGGUGGCCACCGGCGAGAAGCGAGCCGCUGUGGUGGAAUCCUCCGAGAAGUCCUACAACGAGGCCCAUGAGAUCAGCAAGGAGCACAUGCAGCCCACUCACCCCAUCCGCCUGGGCUUGGCUCUCAACUACUCCGUCUUCUACUACGAGAUCCAGAACGCCCCGGAGCAAGCGUGCCACCUGGCCAAGACCGCCUUCGACGACGCCAUCGCCGAGCUGGACACCCUCAACGAGGACUCCUACAAAGACUCCACUCUCAUCAUGCAGCUGCUACGAGACAACUUGACGCUGUGGACAAGCGACCAGCAGGACGACGAGGGCGGCGAGGGCAACAACUAAGAAGCCUGCAACCUCGUUCUGCCAAAAAACACCACAACAGUCGCGCUCACAAAUGACAAAAAUAAAAUAAUACUGAAAAAGUUAGAAAUUAAAGCUAAACGGCGGGUGGGGGGGGAAGAGGUGGAACAUCCAAUGGCAGCCAAUGGUACUAACGCGGCUGCCGCUGCUCUUUAUUUUUCCACAAACUAAAAGUGACACGAGUAGGAGAAGAUCUUAGCUUGAGGUAUAAACUACAGUUAUUUUAAAAAAAAAAGAAAGAAAAAAAUUUCUAAUCCUCCUUUUUGGUAGCCUCUGCAGCAUUUGCUAGAACGCCAUUGAGAAAGCGGCGCGUCUUUGGCGCCAGCCAGCGUCCAGACGGCUGCCGGAGACGGCGGGCGUCAUUGUGUGCAAAUGAAGCGGAGGUGUCUCAAUUGCAUCGAGCGAGGGAAGGCAGAAGUAUUCCGAAAUUGAGUUUGACGCGAAACAGGGAAAAUUUCAGUAACCUUGAAUGUCACACGGCCUUGCUUGCAUACUGCUGACAAAUGCGGCGGCGGCGGCGGCGGCGGCUUCUCGGGGUGUCUGUCCACAUACGUGCGUAUUGACGUGACAUCUUUAGUUGCAGCACACUACGGUCGUUGAGUGAAAAGCAGGUUGUCUCCGUUAUUGAGCAUAACAUGGAGAAGAGAGAAAAAAAAAUAAUCAAAAGUGUUCUUUUGUUUUGCUUUGUGUCAGGUGUGUGUGUCCAGCUAAGCCACACAGUCAUACUGUAACUAAAUAGAAGUUCAUCAAGUAAACUUAGUGCAGCUUGUCCCUCUCAUGUGCUGAUGAUGUGCUUUAUUGAAUAAAUUAACUGUUUUUGGACACCUAAUCCUUAGUGUCAGUAUUGUGGUCACUAUAAUAACCUCAACGGGCUCCCGUUUGGAGUCGGCGAUUAUACUCACAGAAGUCACAUAGCAGAAAAAAAAAGUAGAUUGCAAGAAACGGUUCCAGCCUUACUCGUCCGAAAUGGCUUGUGGAAGCACGAGAGCAGCUGAAGCCACGGUUGUUAGCAGAAGGCUCCCUUUGGGCUUUGUGAAUUCACCUCACUUCACUAUCUGCAGUUUCUUUUGCCUAUGACAGUAUUUUGUUUCUUGGGUGUAAGAUGAGAACUGCUCCAGUAUUCUCCAUAUUACAGUAUUGUGCAUGCUGGUGAUGUAUUUAUAGAGUAGCUUCAAUUGAUUAACUUAUAUUGUAGAUGUUAUGUAUUCAUAGGAUAUGGGAAAAUAUUAGACCUUAUUUCAGAUGAUUUUCUAUUUAUUUCUUUUUAUGGCAAUUGUUAGCUAGACUUGAUUUUCAAAUGUCUUUUUCUUUACUCCAUUUGCUGAAGUACGCUAUACCAAAUCAGUAAUUGUUACCAAUAAAUUGAUCUGUUACAGACAUUA